AUGAGAUCCACGUUUCGGUUGCUGGCCAACGUCAAGUCGGCCCGGUACUUGGAGCCCUUUGCUCCUACCGGCUUGACCGGCCUUGUCACCCACCCCAGCCCUCGUCCCACCCUAAUUCACCUCUACAGGACCACCUUGGAGAACUUGAAGAGCUUCCCAGAGUCCUCCGUCUACCGGCAAUCCACCGAAGCCUUGACACGCCGCCGCCUGCAGAUCGUCGAGUCCGUUAAGCCCCCAGGUUAUGAUGCUUGGCUAGAGCGCGUGAAAAAGGCUGUCAGUGCCGAACCCGAGCGCUUCGCUUCUCUCCGCCUCGCCGAUGGAACUUAUGCUGGAUUUAUGCGCGAUGACGGAACCGACAAUCCCCGGGGUGAGGAGUGGGAUGGUGAAGCCCUGGAGCCAACUACCGAGGGACCUGCUCGUACAGCGGAAGAAGAAGCACGGUGGCACAAAGCUAUUGAGGAGGCGACUGCCACACAGGCGAAAGAUUCAGACUUUGCUACCGAACAAAUGAAAUGGGAGAAUGAGCCAGCCCUUGAGGCAGAACAGGUUGCCGAGAUUGAGAAGCAGAUCGGUGCUGGUCUGAUCGAGGAGGUCAUCCAGGUCGCUGAAAAUGAACUGAAGCUUGUUGACGAAAUGUACAAGUCUAAAGUGUKGGAGGAACUGGAAGAGAAGCCUCGCCCGGGUCAGUGGGUCUAUUUCGAUCGUGUUCCCCCUUCUUCGCCUUAA